CCCGUCUCCUCAGCAGCGCGCAGCAGCACAUCCAUCCUGCCGCGGAGCCGGGGAUCGUGGAGCCGCGCAAAGCGCACACAACGAGAGACAGAAAGGGGGAGAGAGAGAGAGCAACAGAAGAUGGACGGAGUGGGAUCGUUCGGAGCGGGCCGAACCGGGACCGCUGUGGACCCGAUCACGUUCGCCAAACAGCCGCAGACCAUCCUGAGAGUGCUCUCCUGGAUAUUUUCCUUGGUGGUCUUUGCCUCCAUAGUGAAUGAAGGUUAUGUUAACCUGGGCAGUGAGCGCCUCCACUGUGUCUUCAACAAGAAUGCUGACGCCUGUAACUAUGGCAUUUUUGUAGGCCUUGUGGGCCUGCUGGCAUGUUCCUUCUUCUUCCUCCUCGACUACAAGUUCUCUUCCAUCAGCUCCGUCAAAGACAGAAAGAAGGCUGUGAUGCUGGAGAUUGGCUUCUCAGGUUUUUGGACCUUUCUGUACUUUGUAAGUUUCUGCUUCCUGGCCAAUCAGUGGUCUCGGACCAAAACUGAUGAUCUACCUCUUAACCAGGGGGCAGAUGCAGCACGGGCAGCCAUCGCCUUCUCCUUCUUCUCCAUAAUCACAUGGAUCAGCUUCUACUCUGUCUGGGGUGCUGGUUGGAAAAGUUCGGCAGUCAGGAUCUGCAAAUCAGAACCUUGCCAAUCACCAAACCCAUCAGCAUCCGAUCAGGCUGGCCUAACAGUGCUUGCGGUCCAGAAGUAUCUUCUGGGUACAGACAUGACCCUGUUCACCACUGAGCACAUGGACGGUGGUGCACCCACCCAGCCGUAUCCGUCCAAUUCACCAGUAGGCGGCCCGGCUGAUACCACAGAAGCCUACCAGAGCCCACCGUUCACCGAGAACAACACAGCCCCCACAUACCAGGUUCCCAUUUACUAGGACAGACAGAUGUGAGGGUGGAAGAGAUGCAGAUGAGAGAAAAUUGUUUUCUGUGGUUUCGGUUUCAAGUGAAGUUGUUUAUGAGUUGAUCUGGAGCACACCUUUCAAUAGCUGUGAUAAGAAAAAAAAUAUUUCUGGCCUCUGCUUCUUUUUUACCUCCUCUUGUUUCCUGCCCCUCCUAACAUUCCAGCUUUAUCUGCCUACUUUCUAGACCUGCAGAAAGGAUUUUCCUCCUGCAUCAGCGCAGAUGAAUCAAAAUCAAAACUAGAGGAGGAAAAAUGGAAGUGGGAGGUGACUUUGAAGUGUUCAAACACCAUUUUGUCAUAGAAGACAGGGAUGUAGUGCUGAACAAGUUACACCACAAUGUUGCUGUUUUAUAUUACAGUAAGCAGUGCAGGAGGCGUUCUCUUACAGCAGUUUGAUCUUAUUCCUUUCAUUCAUUCAGGUGUCCUCUUUUCUUGUCAAACACUGGGAAUGCUCUUUUCUUUUUUUUAGCCGCAAUGAUAACUCCUCCUGUGUUCCUAGCUGGUGAUCAUCUGCUUUGAAUCUAUGUUCCCAGACGUAGAGAUCAACUAAGUGCCAUAUUGUAUUGCAUUUCAAAAGGUGACUUAGUUUUGUUGGUUUUCCACAUACUGUAUACAAAAAAGACAAUGUUUUGUGGCCGAGUGCAAUAUCUCACAUUCUCAUGUACUGUAGGUAGCUACACACCGUACUGUACUGGAGGUCAGGAGGUCAUUGUCGGAGCAGGUCAACUGUAGGCUCUGUCUCAAAUGACAUAUUUCUUAAAUUCAGGCAAAAUUGUCCCCCUGCAAAGUUUCCAACACAGAGAAGUUACCCAUUACAGAUGGGCAGCUCACAUUCAAAUACGAUGCAAAUCGGAUAAAGAAUUAUUAAAACUGAAAUGAUCAUGUCUAGCGUUUAGGCCUUUCUAGGAGUCCUCAGAAAUGGAAACAGAAUGACAAUGGAGAAUAUCCCUUUUCUGCUUUAUCAUCCUAGAUGAAUUGUGAGACUUUAUUGAGUCGUGUAUGCAGUUUAGUUUGCAAUUGCAAAUCAGUUCAUGAAUGCAAACUUACUUUUCAGAAGAGCCGAGCCAAGGCUGAAUCAGGGCCUGGGCAGAAUUUCAUUUGGGGGACCCCUGAGUAUUUUUUUUUCACUUUUACAUUCUGCCCUUAUUGUACAGAUAAGUAGUGAACCAAUGAUAAAUUUUAUUGACUUUGUGACAUAUUAUGCUUUUCUUAACCAUUGACCAUCACAAGAGUCACUACAAAUUAUUUGUUACAGAUUAUUCUAAUAAAGUUCUCAUUUUGAUCAUUUUCAGCAAUUUAAAGCUGAUUUUCUGCUGUUGAAGCAGUUUUGACUCUUUACUCUAUAGAUACUACAGUGAGGUAAAACAGAGAAGUUCUGAAAGGAGAUAAUUAUAAACAUAUGAAAUUUCUAAUGGUAUGCAAGAAUGUACGCACCCUUAUACAAAUGCCGGAUUUGUCUAAUGUAAAUAUCCUCAUCAUAAUAUCACAUAUCAUCUAUAAUUCAAGUAAAAAACACACACACAUAUACUGUAUGUUGGAAGAACAAAAAACAAAAAG